AUGGAGGCAUUGGCCCACGGUGCGCACCUAAAGGGAGUCAAGUUCCCCCGCGUCAUCACGUCUCCUCACGAGAUGGUGGCCAUGUGCAUGGCUGAUGGAUUCGCACGUGUCACUGGCCAGCCGCAGUGCGUGCUCGUACACGUUGAUGUUGGCACCCAGAUGUUAGGCUGCGCCAUGCAUAAUGCCUCGGUUGGGCGCUGCCCCGUCAUCGUCUUUGCCGGCCUCUCGCCCUUCACCCUAGACGGCGAGGUCCGCGGGUCCCGCACCGAGUACAUCCACUGGUUGCAGGAUGCGCCGGAUCAGAAGCAAAUUGUGUCGCAGUUCUGCCGGUACACGGCUGAGUUCAAGACUGGCCGCAACAUCAAGCAGAUGGUCAAUCGAGCCAUCCAGUUCGCUACGAGCGACCCCAAGGGUCCCGUCUAUCUCGUCGGGGCACGCGAGGUCAUGGAAGAGGACAUCCCCCCCUACUCUCUCGACCAGUCCGUUUGGGAGAGCAUCUCACCUGUCGCUCUACCUCCGCAGGGAGUUGAGACGAUCGUGUCGGUACUGGCAGCGGCCGAGCAGCCGCUCAUCAUCACAGGCUACUGCGGUCGUAACCAUGCAACCGUGCCGGAGCUCGUCAAACUAGCUGAAAAUAUUCCGGGCGUAGGGGUCCUCGACGUGCUGGGAAGCGACGUGUGCUUCCCUUACAGUCACCGCGCAUCGCUGGGCGUACGCGUGGGCGCUGACCCAAGCAUCGAGACUGCCGACGUCAUCCUCGUACUCGAUUGCGACGUCACCUGGAUCCCGACGCGGUGUCGGCCGCGCCCUGACGCCCAGAUCAUGCAUAUUGACGUCGACCCGCUGAAGCAGAACAUGCCAUUGUAUUACAUACCGGCAUCCCGACGGUAUCGAGCCGACGCCGAGACAGCUCUGCGCCAGCUGAACAAGUACAUCACUGGCCACCCAGAGUACCGUGAUCUCGUGUCCCGGGAGCCAUACGCGUCGCGCUGGGCCGCUCUUGCUGACGCUCAUCGCAAACGCCUCGAGGAGUACGCACUGCGUGCCAUGCCCCCGGCCGACGAUGCCGAGCCGCCAAGCACUUCGCUUCUGUGCGCGAACCUGCGCAAGACGUGUCCGCAGGACACCAUCUACUGCGUCGAGGCAGUAACAAACGCACCUUUCAUCUACGAUCAGCUCCAGGUGGACGAACCAGGCCACCUGCUUAAUUGCGGCGCUGGCGGGCUCGGCUGGUCGGGCGGGGGCACGCUCGGCGUGAAACUUGCAACAGAUUGGCUAGCCGGAGGAACAAACAAGGGUCACUUUGUCUGCGAGAUCGUGGGCGACGGCACCUUCGUAUUCGGCGCCCCGAGCGCGGCGUACUGGAUUGCUGGGAGAUACGGGCUUGCCACGCUAACCGUGGUCUUAAACAAUAAGGUCCACCCCACGGGGUAUGCCUCAAAGUUGGACAACAAAGACCUCAACAUCUCAUUUGACCCCUCGCCAGACUAUGCCGGUAUCGCUAAGGCCGCAGCUGGUGGGAACGCGUGGGCUGCGACUGUGUCCAGUGUCGGGGAACUCGCGAAAUUGCUCCCGGAGGCGGUAGCGCAGGUGCGGAAGGGCAUCCCAGCUAUUCUGGACGUGCGGCUCCAGAGAUCGUGGGUGGAGGGAGAGAGCGUAGCUGGACGGAACAGGCUGAACGGCCAUGGGGCCUAG